AAGUAGGGGUGGCCCUUCCCUAAUCUUCCAAUCAUCAAGAGGAAACGGAAACGGAAACGGAAACGGAAAAGGAAAAGAAAGAGGAAAUGGAAACGGAAAGGAGCAAAGCGAACACAGUGAAUUCGUUACUGGCCGUGAAGCGCAGGUCAGGCAAGACGUUCUGUCAGAUAGCGGCGGCCACCGGCCUAACCAACGUCUACGUUGCCCAGCUUCUCAGACGCCAAGCCCAACUCAAGCCCGAGACUGCCCCCAAACUCCGGGCUGCGUUGCCCGACCUGCCCGAGGAGCUCCUAGAAGAGAUGAUGAAGCCCCCCAUGAGGUCCUACGACCCCAAUUUGAUUCAAGAACCCGCUAUUUACAGAUUGAACGAAGCAAUUAUGCAUUUUGGUGAGAGCAUCAAGGAUGUUAUGAAUGAAGAGUUUGGUGACGGCAUCAUGUCAGCUAUAGACUUCUACUGCUCGGUUGACAAAGUUAAAGGCGUGGAUGGGAAGGAUCGUGUAGUUCUAACAUUCGAUGGGAAGUAUCUGCCUUACACUGAACAGAAAUCUGAGGAUAUGGUAUCGAGGCUGAGGUUGCAUGGAAAUUGAAAGCAUCGUUAUUUUGGGGCGAUAGAGUGCACAGCCUGUUCUCUUCUCCCAUAUGAAUAAGCCCAUUGGUUAGGCUAUAGUUGUAUGUUCCACCUGGGCAUUAUUGAAUAACGGGCAUUACCAUAUUGUUAGUACUUGUAUUGGUAUUUUACCUUGAAUGAAACAUCUAAAACAUAUUUCCUCAUGCUUUAUAUAUAUGUCACAUAUUUAUGCUGAAA